GAACGGUUCUGUGCUUAAGGGUUUUGCUGCGAGGGGCGGCGGCCACGAGCGCAGGCGACGAGUAGCGGCGGCGGCGACGACGACACACGACGUACGGCGGAGGUCCGAGGUGCGGCCUCUGGCGCCUCAGCACCGGUUGCCACCGCCAGCAGGCCAAUCACCGCCACCUCCUGCAGCUAGCAAGCCAGCCAUGAGCAAGCGGGCUAAGACGGCAGAGCCGGAGUCGCAGACGACCAUUGUGGGCUCUUCUGCCUUCCAGUUCAAAGUAGACUACGAGCAAGUUAAGCAGCUUCCCACCGGCAAGUCCGUCUUCUCCGAUGCCGUAUCCGCCGGUGGGCACCUGUGGAGGAUUGAGUGCUUCCCGCGUGGGGUGAACGAGGCCGACAGGGAGUGUGUUUCUAUCUUCCUCGAGCACAUGAGCAAAUCCAAAAGUGUUGGGGCAUUCUUCGAGGUCUUGAUGAUGGGCAGGGACGGCAAACCAUGCCUGUCACAUAUACGUAGGGCAUUUGAAACCUUUGAGAUCACGGAAGACGGCGACACCUUUGGAUGGCAUCAGUUCGUGAAGGGGACUGUUGUGGAGAAAGAUUACUUGGCAGGGAGACACGUCACGUUUGUGUGCGCGAUCAUGGUCGUCGAUGACAGUACUAUUCUCAGUCCUAUUCUCGUCCCAUCUUCAGACAUCGGGACCCAUCUUGGCCGUCUGCUAGACCAUGCUGACGGGACGGACGUGUCAUUCGUCGUCGACGAUGAGACAUUCCGUGCACACCGAGCGGUGCUUGCUGCCCGCUCGCCGGUGUUUAGAGCAAAGCUCUUCGGUUCCAUGUCUGAGGCUACAAUGCCAUCCAUCACGCUGCACAGCAUCAAACCCGCAACAUUCAAAGUUAUGCUUCAGUUUAUUUACACGGAUGAAUUGCCCGAGGAAGACGAGCUUCAGGACUCUUCUGCCCAGAUGUUUCAAGAUCUACUCGCUGCGGCCGAUCGGUAUGCACUGGACCGACUGAAGAUUAUUUGUGCUCAGAAGCUGUGGGAGAAAGUGUCUGUUGAGACAGUUGCAACUAUCUUGGCUUGGGCUGAAACCUACAACUGUCAGCAGUUGAAGAAUAAGUGCAUUGUCUUCUUUGUGGUGGAGGAAAAUUUCAGGAAGGUCAUGUUCACUGAUGGUUAUGGGUUGUUGCUUUUGAAAUUCCCAGCUAUUAUUGCUGAGCUAAGGAAGAGAGUUUAGGACAUAACAUAGUGAGAUCGUCUCCAUGUGUAUAGUUCAGGUGUUCAAGCAGAGCUGGGGUCCUGAGAUUGCAGAAUCUUCUUCUUAGCAGUAUUAUUGGGCUUAAUUGCUACUGAGCACUGAUAGAGAUAAAUGAGGUGAGGAGGAGGAUGUUAUCAGAUAACUGAGAUGCAAAGUUGCCAAAUGAGCAGCUCGUUUAUGUUUUUACUUCUCUGUUCUUUUUGCCGUUUCGUGUCCUGAAGCUACUUUUGCUA